GCAGCUCAGAGACAUUGGUGGCGAGGAAGAUGGCGGACUGAGCUUUACCGAAAAAGAUUCAAAUUUACCACCUAAAAGCGAUUUAGAUUCUCAAACAUUUAUUUUUUUCUUAAGCCCACAAAACAAGGGUUGGAGCGAUGGAGUGUUAUUUAAAGUGAAGAUUGAAGACGUGAUAGAAGAUGGACGACUACUGCUAUGCUAAGAUGGCGACGUCCGCUAAAAGAGAACAUGAAAGAGAAUCAGCGCCACCAACUUCCAGCAAAUCACCAACGGAGAUAAAGACGAAAGAUGAAGACAUCCAGCAGCUGAUUGGUCAUCCUGAAGAACUUCAGCUUCAGCUGCAGGGGUGGAGCCUCACUUUGAAGCAGGAGACUCCACAGCCUACAUAUGUUAAAAAGGAAGAGGAGGAACUCUGCAUCACUCAGGAGGGAGAGUGUCUUCUAGGACGAAAGGAAGCUGAUUACACCAAGUUGCCACUGACUGUUCUCUCUGUGAAGACUGAAGAUGAUGAAGAAAAACCACAACUAAACCACCUCAUAGCUCCACUAUCAGAUAGUGAGGCUGAAGACGAGGUUGAAGAAAAUUUGAGCAGCGAUACAGACUGUGAAGGUGAUAUGAGGACUCAUACUGAAAACAAACACGCUGACUGCUCUAAAAAGACGACCUAUUUGAGCUGCUCAGUUUGUGCUCAAAUGUAUACUAGAAAGAGAGAUUUGAUUCAACACAUGAGAACACACACAGGAAAAAAAACAUUUAGUUGUUCGGUUUGUGGUAAAAGUUUUUCUCAAAAUGGCAGUUUGACCCAACACAUGAGAACACACACAGGAGAAAGACCAUUUUAUUGUUCAGUUUGCGGUAAAAACUUUUCUGACAAGAGAAAUUUGAAUGAACAUACGAGAACACACACAGGAGAAAAACCGUAUAAUUGUUCGGUUUGCGGUAAAAGCUUCUCUCAAAAUGGCAGUUUGACGCAACACAUGAGAACACACACAGGAGAAAGACCGUUUUAUUGUUCAGUUUGCGGUAAAAACUUUUCUCAGAGGGGCAAUUUGACUCAACACAUGAGAACACACGCAGGAGAAAGACCUUUUGAGUGUUCAGUUUGUGGCAAAAAUUUAUGUCACAAGAGCAGUUUGAGUCAACACAUGAGAACACACACAGGAGAAAAACAAUUUAUUUGUUCAGUAUGCGGUAAAAGCUUUUCUCUAAAUAGCACUUUGACUAAACACAUGACAAUACACACAGGUGAAAAGAAAUUUGAUUGUUCAGUUUGUGGUAAAGUCUUUUCUCGAAAGCAAGCUUUGCCUGUACACAUGAGAACCCACACUGGAGAAAAACCAUUUAAUUGUAUAGUUUGCUGUAAAAACUUUUCUCAAAAGGUCAAUUUGACUCAACACAUGAGAACACAUGCAGGAGAAAGUCAAUUUGAUUAAUUAGUUUGCAGUAAAAACGUAUUUCACAAGAGCUGUUUCACUAAACUCAUAAAAAACACACACAGGAGAAAAUCUAUUUUUGUUUAGCUUUAUUAUUUUUUUUUUUUAAAUAACAGUUUGACCAAACUUGAGAUCGCACACAGGAGAAAGACCAUUUUUAUUGUUCAGUUUGUAGUAAAAGCUUUACUCAUCAAUGCCAUGAAAGUGCACGCAAGAAAAAAACUGUUCAGUUUGUGUCAAAAGAUUCUUUUUUUUUUUGACCAAACACUUGAUAACACACACAUGAGAAAACAUGUUUUAUUGUUCAGUUGUUGAUUAAGUCCCCCUCCCCCAGAGCACACACAAGAGAAAGACCAUUUAAUUGUUCAGUGUGCUGUAAAAGCUUUUCUAACAGGAACUCUUUGACCUGACACAAAAAGAAAAACCUUUCAUCUGUUCAGUUUGUGUAUAAAGCUCGACUCAAAGGAGACAUUUGUAUGGUCACCUGAGAACAUAUUAAAGAAAAAAAAACAUCUAGUUGUUCUGCUGGCUGUAAAAAAUAUACUGAAAGUAAAAAUGUCUUAUCAGAUGAGAACACUCAGGAGCAAAAACAUUUAGUUCCCCAAUUUAUAGCCAAAGUUUUUCUAAUGAUAUGCGCGAGAAUGUAAAGCGCUUUGGGUAUCAUUCCAGGUAUAGUAAUUCACUACAUAAAUAUUGAACAUUUACCAAAAUUUGACUCGACACAUAAUGAAACACUCUCGAGAAAAGCCUUUCAGUUGUUUGGUUUGCAGUCAGACAUAGCAGAUGAAAUGCAACAUGAGAGAAACACACCGAGGAAAACACGUUCAGUUACUCAGCUUGUUGGAAAAUCAGCAGACGGAUCUAGUCCGACACAUGAGAACACACACGGAGAAAACUUUAUUUGCUCAGUUUGUGGUAAAACAUUUCAGCAGAGACUAGUUUCUGAUCCUCUUUUGUUUCAAAGUUGAACAAAUGAAACUGGAAUGAUGUAUCAUAUUUAAACAGUUUACUUGUCCGAAGUCAACUUCUACCGACCAAAGUAGUCGUCGGCUCUCACAAAGUCUGCCUUGAUGAGUGGCAGCAAACACAGAACCCUCGCUCCACGUUAUUGUUGUUGAUUGGAAGUAGCAUGAAGCUGCUAUGCGCUCUGUCAAAUCAAUGUAUGUCAGGUUCAAACACUUAUGACAUUUAUUAAACAGACAAGAAGCAAGGAAUCACGCGGAGACAGAGUUCAAUUUAGAGACGUUUGGGGCUGCACAUUCAGUUACAAUCUCCUGUCUCUGCUUUGUCUGCGUCACGAUACUCGAUGUUCUGGACACAACAAACACUGAUAAGAGACGACUGCAAUCCAAGAUUGCAAAUUGUUGAUCGUAUUUGGUUUACAAUGUUUUACUUAAAUUUUAUGGUUUUCGUUUGGCAGCCGUUGCUGCCAGUAGAUUACCGUUUUUUUUUACAUAAUUUUUUUUUACAGUGUAUCCACUAGGCCACCUACUCAGUGGCCUAGUGGUUAGAGUGUCCGCCCUGAGAUGGGUAGGUUGUGAGUUCAAACCCCGGCCGAGUCAUACCAAAGACUAUAAAAAAUGGGAGCCAUUACCUCCCUGCUUGGCACUCAGCAUCAAGGGUUGGAAUUGGGGGUUGAAUCACCAAAAAUUAUUCCCGGGCGCGGCCACCGCUGCUGCCCACUACUCCCCUCACCUCCCAGGGGGUGAACAAGGGGAUGGGUCAAAUGCAGAGGACACAUUUCACCACACCUAGUGUGUGUGUGACAAUCAUUGGUACUUUAACUUUAUUUUUGCCCUUAAAGACAUCCUGUGUCCAGGGACAUAUUUCCUGAGUUGGUAAACGACAACAAAAACCACAAAGAACAGUUGAUAAUAAUACAAAAAAAUAUCAAUCUAACCUAAUUAAGUCGGGGUACACACUGGAGGAGUCGCCACCUCAUCGCCAUUCUAAAGGAAGUGAAACCGGAGGAUUUUUAUUCAACUGUUUACUUUAGCAAAGAGGAGACCAGAGUUGUUACUAGUUUGUGAAGAAGUAUUUUCCUUUGUUUUACACCAAGUCUGCUUGACACGCUUCACUUUUCUUUUUAGAUCUUGAACUUGGAGAAGAAAACAUUUGACCUGAA